AUUGCUAAUUUACUAUUGUGUAGAUCUUCAUUCUAUUGGAGGCUUGGUUCCUCUUCUCGGGUUCCUUAAAAACUCUCAUGCUAAUAUUCGGGCAAAAGCUGCUGAUGUCGUUACUACAAUUGUUCAGAACAAUCCUAGAAGUCAGGAAUUAGUUAUGGAAGCGAAUGGUUUGGAGUCAUUGCUUUCAAACUUCACUUCAGACACAGAUAUUCAUGCUCGAACCCAAGCUCUUGGCGCGAUAUCAGCUUUGAUUCGCCAUAACAAGCCCGGGGUCACUGCUUUCAAGCUUGCCAAUGGCUAUGCUGGUCUAAGAGAAGCCUUGGCGUCUGAUAGUGUGAGAUUUCAAAGGAAAGCCUUAAACUUGUUGCAAUACCUACUUCAAGAGGAUGAUUCAGACCGCAGUGUUGCCGCUGGACUCGGAUUUCCCCGAGUGAUGAUGCAUCUCGCGUCUAGUGAUGACUCUGAGACCAGGGAAGCAGCUCUCCGCGGACUGCUUGAGCUUGCGAGAGAGAAAAACGAUGGAAGCGGAGGUAGCAGCAUAGACAAAAGCGAUGAGAAACUGAGGCAGGUACUAGAAGAACGUAUCAAAGGAAUCAGCUUGAUGUCACAAGAGGAUCUCGAAACGGUGAAAGAAGAGAGACAGCUCGUGGAUUCACUGUGGAGCAUUUGCUACAAUGAACCUUCUUCUCUGAGAGAGAAAGGGCUUCUUGUUCUUCCCGGUGAAGACGCAUUGCCUCCUGAUGUCGCAAGCAAGAUCUUUGAGCCUCCUCUUAGAGCUUCUGCAGCAAAUCGUAAUGCCACUGAGAAGAAAGAGGAACCUCUUAAAUUACUUGGACCAUAGGCGACAACAACUUGAAGCUUUGAAGUUUAUUUAUAUACACUUCUCCUUGUUUUUAUGUAACUUUCUAAAUUUUCAGAAAAUAUUUGGUUUGUCAGUGCCCAAUUUCCCAGUGUUAUGUUAUUAUGGCAAUUUCUAUCUUUGAUUUUUGUGAUCGUUAAAGUUUAAACUUCAA